AGAAGCCAGAGCAUCCCUGGACAAAAGAGGAAACCAUGGAGCUUCCAAUAAGUGACCAUAAAGAGCAGCUUUUUUUGAAGAAGGAGACUGGAGACACAUUGAUGGUGAACCCUACUCUUGUGGAAGAGUACCACAUUGAACCAGAAUCAACCAGGAACCCAGUCAUCUCUCAGGACUUUUAUGAUAUUCAGAACCAGGAUCCUGAACAAAUCCAUCCAACAGACUCUGGAUCAGAGCAAGAUAAAGGACCCAGACAUUAUAACAAAUGUCAGAAAACCAGAGAACAUAAAAACAGUGUUAAUGGUUUAAAACCCAGAAGGAACAAGGAAACCCUCACAGAUAAAAGUUUGUUCUCCUGUACAAUUUGCGGUGAUUCUUUUUCUCAAAAUCGGGACCUGAUUCUGCACUUGAAAAGUCACUGCAGAGAGAAACCUUUCCAAUGUUUGAGAUGUGGAGAAAGCUUUCUAAAAAAAACACAUUUAACAGUUCACAUGAGAACUCAUACAGGUGGCAAGAUUUAUGAAUGUCCGUCCUGUGGGAAAAGCUUCAUCAAUAAGUCUUUUCUUGAUGGACACAUCAGAGUUCACACAGGUGAGAAGCCUUUCUGCUGUAGAAUCUGUGAGAGAAAUUUUACCACAAAAAGUCAGUUGACUUCUCACAUGACAACUCACUCGGAUCAAAGGCCGUUUUCCUGUAAGACCUGCGGGAAAAUGUUCAAAAGAAAAGAUGUUUUGAAAGAACACAUGAGAACUCACACAGGGCAGAAGAUGUAUGAAUGUCAGUCCUGUGGAAAGAGCUUCAAUAUUAAAUUCAAUCUUGAUGCACACAACAGAAUUCACACAGGUGAGAAACCAUUCUCUUGUGCAACUUGUGGCAAAAAUUUUGCACAAAAGAGUCAGUUAACUUCUCACAUGACAACUCACUCAGAUGAAAGGCCAUUUUCCUGUAAAAGCUGUGGAAAAACAUUCAAAAGAAGAGCUUUAUUGAAUAGCCACAUGAAAACUCACACAGGGGAGAAGUCUUUUAAACGUAGGGGCAGAAGGUAACAAACAGAAGUUGACUGUAAUUUAUUUUAUUUUUUUGUCACCCCUUCAGUGUAAUCUUAAUUUUUCAUUGAUACUGACUUAAAAAAAAAAUUACAAACACUUAGGGCAGUGUUUGUAAUCUAACCUUUUCCAGCUCAAGACCAUGGUCUCGGAUUUGGAGGAUUGCAGCAUUUAACAGUUCUCAUUAAAUCUAAGGGCAACAUUACUGCAGACCUAGCCACACCCACUGUCAAUCAAUCAGCUAAUGAGGUCUUAUCGUCAAAUUCUGAGGAAGUACUUCCUCAGAAAUUUAAGUUAUGCUUAAAUAAUACACUAAUUAUUUAGACCAAACCAUAGAGUUAAAUGUACUUGAACAACAACACAAUACCUUAACACAUUUAAAUUAACAGAGCUAAAUAAACAGAAUAUUUAAUUAGUUUUAACAUUUGGAUUUACAGUGCUUUAUUCAAAGACUGGCUUUAUCAGGUAAUGGAGAAUAAUCU